GCAGCGCUGGCACGGUGAACGAGCGGCGAGCGGGAGCGCGCGCAUAGGAAGGAAGGGACGGAAGGAGCCGAGGCAGACCAGUCGCCAGCGGAGCCCCAGACGGCGCUUGAACCGGAGCCGAACGCCGUGUGUGCGUGUGUCUGUGUUUCGCCCUCGUCGUCUCCCACAGCAGCCGAAAGCAGCGUCCGGCGGCCCCGCGACCUGCCCGCAAAAUGAUGCUCAAACUCGUCCACCUCCUCGGGAUGCUCGCCUGCGGCGGCCAAGCCGCCUUGCAGGUGUCCAUAUCCUUGAACAAAGUGGAGUUAAGUGUCGGAGAGUCCAAAUUCUUCAUCUGCACAGCUAUCGGCGAGCCGGUCAGGCUGGAUUGGUACAACCCACAGGGUGAGCGCAUUUUGGCCUCCAAGCGGAUGGCGCUUCACACCGAGACGUCACGAUCCAGGCUCAUUAUUUACAAUGCCAUUAUCGAGGACGCAGGUAUCUACCGCUGCCAGGCCACGGACGCCAGCGGUCACACGGAGGAGGCCUCGGUCGUGCUGGAGAUCUACCAGAGGCUGACGUUUCAGGAUAUUCAGUCACCGCAGGAGUUCCGCCACGGUGAAACUGCGGAGGUGGUGUGUGAUGUCAUUAGCUCACCGGUGCCCGUGGUGGUGUGGUACUACCAGGAUAGGGAAAUCACAGAGGAGCACCACGGCAAGUUUCAGGUGUUGGCUAACAACAACCUGCAGAUCCAUCAGGUGACCAAGGCUGACGAGGGGGUGUAUCGCUGUGAGGCCAGUGUAGAGGCCCGUGGCGAGAUCGAUUUUGUGGACAUUGCUGUGGUGGUCAACGUCCCUCCGGUGUUGUCAGUGUCCCAGCAGUCCUUCAAUGCCACGGCUGACUACCAGGAAUCAGUCACCUUUACUUGCAUCACCUCUGGAUCUCCUGACCCUUUGGUCACAUGGCACAGGAAAGGGCUGCAGCUGGAGCCAUCAGAGCAGUACAUUUUCAACAGGCUGGAAGGUGGGCGCAGCAUGUUAACCAUCCACAACAUCCGGCAGGGAGACGGGGGUACCUACUCCUGCAAGGCGACCAACAAGGCAGGAUCUCAGGAAAGAGAGAUCUUCCUCAAAGUGUUUGUCCAGCCUCAUAUCACCCAGCUGAAAAACGUGACAGCCGUGGAGGGCAGCGCCGCCAUGAUCUCCUGCGUGGCUGAGGGCGAGCCUCUGCCCGACAUUUCCUGGAGGAGAGCCAGCGACGGCCAUACCUUCGCGGACGGAGACAAGAGGCAGGACGGCCGCUUUGAAGUCCGCGGCCGUCACGGCAAGUCGGUGUUGACAAUCAGCGGCGUGAGGCUCGCCGACUUCGGCCGCUUCGACUGCGAGGCACUCAGCAGGAUCGGAGGUCAUCAGAAGAGCAUGUUUCUGGACAUUGAGUACAUACCAAAGUUCCUGACCAAUCACACCAUCUACUAUUCGUGGGAGGGCAACCCAGUGAACAUAAGCUGUGACGUGAUGUCCAACCCUCCUGCCACCAUGCUGUGGAGGAGAGAGCGCUUCACCAUCUCUGCAGAGGGAACAGCCAACACGCGAGUGUACAGUGCAGAGGGCAAGUCGGUGCUGGAGGUGACUCCAAUGUCUGACAGGGACUUUGGCCGCUACAACUGCACAGCCAGGAACAACAUUGGAGUUCGCUACCAGGAGUUCAUUCUGGCCCAGGCAGACGUACCAUCGAAUCCGUACUCGGUGCGUCUGUCAGCGGUUUCCCAGCGCUUGGCAACUGUCACCUUCAUGAAGCCCGACUCGCAUGGUGGCGUGCCCAUCAGCUACUACCUGGUGCAGUACAAGGAGGUGGGCUCACAGGACUGGAGGGACAUCAAGUCGCACAGUGUCCAGACGACAGUGGUGCUGACAGGACUCGAGCCCAACACGACGUACGAGGUCCGAGUGGCAGCCGUCAACGGAAAGGGUCAGGGGGAGUUCAGCCACACGGAGACCUUCCAGACUCUACCCAUCCGAGAGCCGAGUCCGCCGGCGGUCCAUGGGCAGAGAGGAAUGGGCAAGGCCUACAGGCUGGGGCUGGUCAAGCAGGAUGAUGGAGGGAUGCCCAUCGUGGAGUAUAUAGUCAAGUACAAGACUGACAAAGAGGAACAGUGGAUGACCAAGCUAGUUCCAGGAGCAAAUGAUUUUGCAAUGCUUCAGCCGCUGCAGUGGAACACAAGAUAUGAAGUGGAAAUCACAGCGCGUAAUGUCAAGGGCCUGUCGGAGCCUACCUUUUAUCAGUUCUUCAUGCCGCAGAAACCUGACAUCACAGCAGAAUCCCUGUUCAGCGGCCUGGGGCUGGGGGCGGUGGUGGGCCUCGGCCUGGGAGCGCUCCUGCUGCUCCUCGUUCUGGUGGACGUCAGCUGCUUCUUUCUGCGUCACUGUGGCCUGCUGAUGUGCAUCACGCGCACACUGUGCAGCAAGAAAACAGCCACCAGCGGCAAGGGCAAGGAAAUGGAGGAGGGCAAGGCUGCCUACCUGUACACCUACAACAGCCGCCCAACCACCCUUUCAACCACAGAAACUACCGCUGAAGGAAGAAAAUGGAAAAGAGUCUCUGAAGCCGGAUACGAUUGAAAUCAAAGUGCACAGUGACAACAGCAUCCACACAAAGCCUGACGACAGCAAAGCGUAAAGAAACAAAAAUAAAACAAAAAAGAAAAGAUAAAGGGUCGGUCCCCUCACCACCAAAAGAACAUUCGGAUCACGAGAGCAAAACCCAGAGAAACUACAACACUGGAAAAUAGUGGAUUAAAUACCAUAUCUGUUUAUAACAAUGCCCCAGUGAAAGGCAUGUGUAAAUACAAAUAAUAGAGAGAAAAUAGAAAGGAGGAAAGGGUCAACCUUUUAGACACCCUGAAGGAUAAAUGUAUCAUGUUCUUAUAAACAUGGUGUCAGUGGAAGGCUCUUGUUUAUCAAUGAUUGUAGAUUCUUUUUUUCUCUUCUUCUGGUACCAGUCUCACUUUUUGGCUCUGUGCUUUAUUGUUUUUCUGACUAUGCUUUUUGUUUGUUUAUUUCUUUUCCUCUUCUUUUUCUACGCUGUUACAUGGCGACAGGUCACGUCUCCAGCCCCCACAUCUAGGACGUCUCGCACAGAACAUACACAAUCACAGGUGCAGGCGUGAGCUAGUAUGCUCGUGCGCCCCUGAGCUCACACCGCUAAUGCGCUUGCUUUUUGUCUGUCAGAGCCGAUGCAUGGGCUGAGCCCUCUCUGCGGGGUAUCCCUAUGAUUUAAGCCCACUUUCCUGUUUCCUUGCCUGAGUGGUACAGUACAGCAACCUAUAAUAAAUUUUUCUUUAAUAGCCGAGCAAGUUGUCGGGCUAAUUAGAGGCAUAUGCUGUACCAUUGUGUUUCAAGCGUGCUGGCUUCAAUAACGAGAUGAAACCACGAGGCUUCGGGAAAAAUUGACUGUGGAAGAGCCAUUUUGUUUCGGGGUAACAUCUUAAAGAGAGGAAAAACUUGUAUCAAACAGGAUCUCAUUAUGAAUUAUUAUGAGGAAUUUGGACUUGAUAUUUAAUGACUACAUGUCCUCUGUCGGGCUUUGGAGGAUCAUAGUUUGUGUUGCAGGAAAUCAAAGAAUACAUUUAAAGAUCCAGACAAAAAGUGAGAAUGUGUUAUGAUACAACACAAGUGCAUUGAUGUCACUGUUGGCAAAACAUUUUAUAUUGACACUAAAUAUUGUAAUACUCUCCUACAAUGUGAGCAUAAGUAUGUUCUACUCAUCAUACAUCUACAGGCGAUUAUUGCCAGAGGCAUAAAUCUAAUGCCAGCCAAUUUGAAAAAAAUGAUGGUUCUGUUUCGACAACUGUCCCCACGAUUACUCUGAAUGAUGUUGUGUAAUAAUUACUGUGUGUAAUGUAAAGGCAAAGAAAAGUUACAACAUGUCAACAAACGAGUAUCAUCAUGAGAAAUGAAUCAACGUGCGUUUCAUGUAUGUUUUUGAUGAAAAACUUUUUUUUCAUUCCUGUUUCAGAUCUGCCUCACAUGCAUUAAAAAAAAAGAUUUAUCAGUCUGAUCGCUGUUCUCUCUGAUGUUGUCAUGUGUUGUACAUAGGUGGGAAAAAAAGAAUAUUUUACAAAGCUUUUAUGUAAAUAUACCCUAAAGGAUGUCUUUUUUUUCAAAAUACAACAGGCUUUUUUGUGAAUACUCCUCAGAUAAUACGUUUUUUUUCUGUUUGUUCAUUUGUUUGUUUCCCCUCUUAUGUUGUAUUUUGGUCCAAAGUUCAGUGAUGGUGUAAUAAUGCUUCUUUUAUCCAUUUACUUUCCCUGAAGGAAAUCCAUGCCCUAAGGCUAUUUCACGGUAUUUUAAUGGAGGCAGUAAUUAUGGCAUUAGUGUGCCUUCUCUUCUUCUCCCCCCCCCCCCCCCCAUCCUUGUGGCCUAAUGCCGCUGCAGCAGUGUAGACCAUCAAAUUAAUUUUUGGUUGUGAUGUUGCUGCUUUUUUCUUUUUUCUUUUUUUUUCUUCUUUUUUUUUUUGCUGCCACCGAAUGUGUCAGAAGAUUGAAUUUAUAUUGUGAUGCUGUGAAUUCCUGGAAAUGUAGUCGUAAGACUGUGGGUUGUAGUCGCCAACACUGGACAAAAACAGACGUGUGUCACUACCUAGAACAACAAGACGUCGGGUGAUGGAGGGCAGCAAUCUGGCUUUAAUGCAAUGUAAUCCAUCAUCACAAGAGUGUGUGUGUGUGUGUGUGUGUGUGUGCGUGUGUGUGAUUGGGUGCGUGUGUGUGAUUGUGUGCGUGCGCGCGCGUGCGUGCACUUGUGUGUGUGUGCGUACAUGCAUGUGUGGUUGAACACACUUGUCUACAUGAAUCAAGUUGCAUGUAUGUCUGUUGAAUGUAUCUGUACGUACUGUAGGUCGGUCAGUGUGACCAUGUUAAUUUUUCACAAUAAGAGUCAAUUACGAGUUAUACACUAAAUGACAGAGUUCAAAUCCCAAUAUCUUCAUUUUGUUUUAGGUCACUUUGUUGGUUUUGUUGACUAUUUACAUUAGGUUAAAGUGCACUAUUGAGAACACUUGAUGCAUUGCACGGCUCUGAAAGUCAUGUGGUGACUACAUGCCAAGUAUGAUUCCGGGUGCUGUGCAUGUACGAGGGUCUCUCUCCGAGUGCGGAGUUGGCGAGAGCGCUCGUGCAGAAUUUUGGAGUGCACUCUGAUAGGUAAAACCUGAUUAUGUAGUUCUCGACAGUGAUUAAUUCCCCAGGGUGCAGCACUCCGCGCAUGAGUCUGCAAGCCCCAACGCCAACUCCCACCACCGCCGCCCCCUUUUCCACUGUUCUCUGCCUCUCUGAACCCAUUGGUUUUUAUCUCAGACCCUUGCAGCGCUGGCUUUGUUUUCUCCCACUGAGCCUACUUACCUGCAUAUCUCAAAUGGAUGGUCCUGCCAUGGAGUGGUUCCGCUGCCUGUUACGAUGACUGUAAAUAUGGGAGCACAGUGCCUGGAGGCUAUACGAUUUGUACAUGUUCUUUUGUAUUUGAAUAUGAGUCUAAAUCCCACCCCCCUCCCCUCCCCUCAGCCGCUCUCGUUCCCUCUCGCCCUCCGUCCCUCUCUGUCUCCCCCACCAUGCCUCUUUCUGUAAGGGGUAAAACAGGUGUGUUUGAGCUCAGUGUACAGUAUGUGUCCUCUUUGUCCCCAUGCUCCCCCCGUGUCCUUUGGACUGUCCCGACUGAGUUUGCUUUGUGCAGGAGGUGGGAUCUAUUGAUGUCUCUCUGUACGUACCUGUGGAACACUUGUGACUCCUGACAUUUACCGCUGUAAAUAAACAUGUCCUGGUAGAAGAGUG